AUUUUUCUCGUGUGAUAUCCGAACCACCAAGCUUGUCUUUUCACAUUGCAGAGCUGAUGUGGAUAAUCUGGCGUUUGUUUUGGCAUUAUUCCCCUUUUCUAUCUUUUUCUUAUUAUCGUGAAUAAUUCUCUGUUUCUCAGGCCUUUCCCGUGGCGUCCUUACGACUCGGGCAAGGAUCUUGUUAAUGCCCCAUCCCCGUCCCAUUCGACGCAUACAAAAAACACAUAUUCAUUCCCUUAAUGUUGAUGAUAACCUAUCCGCGCAUUUUCUGUGGUCGUCGCGGAAAAUGCAAAGGGGAAAAAAAAAGGGAAAAAAAAAGGAACAAAGGAUGACUUGGAUGUCCAAAAGGGCGCACUCACAAUGUCUUUUUUACCUCAUGUUGUUCGAAGACAUCGUCUGCCUACUACAUGCGAGUGAGAUGUCAAUAGACAGAAGUGCCUUAGCUUUGGUCAUUUUUUUGGCGUGUGCAUACUCAUGUGUCUUUUUUCCUAAGUUACCUACUUUCUGUCCUUAUUCAAUCAGGAGGGUGACUCUCUGGGCCUGGUCUCUUUACACUAUGGAGUUCAAAUACGGAGUAGUCUCAAAAUUUGCAAUAUAAUAACAAGUACCAAGGUUUGUAUAACGUACAAUCAUGGGGGCCAUUCUAAUUCAUCACUUUCGACUCCUCUUUUUCCCUCCAUCAGGUUGAUCAAGUAACUCCUUUUGUCCAUGGUUUCCA